AUGGCCACGGGCUCACCUCACAGUGGGCAGCCAGUGCCACGGCAGAGCUGGUUUCAGCCCACCUUCACGCAAGGACUCUUGGUUGGGCAAGCAUCGAUUGUGAUCCUUCUCCUCGUCCUCUUACGUUUCCUCUUAUUUGCAGAUCCAUCCGAGUUGGAAAAAGACACGCCAGACUCAAGCAAAGGAGGCGGCAAGAGUCGAUCGAUGCGGAGCUUCUCGACCCUCCAAAAGCCGAGCGGCAAGCGGCUCAAAGCGGAGAGCGCAGCUCAUGCCGCGGCUGGCGGACGAUCGCGCAUUUCACAAAUUCAGCUGGCAGAGCGAGUGACCGGCUACGACCUUGGAUCGCACGGACCAGAAAGUUCGGACUGGGUAAAUGUUCUACUUGCACUUGCAUUUGAUGGUUACAGGGAAGAUCUCAACCGGGCGGCUUCAGCUGGCUCACGUCCAGAUGUGACUGGCGGCAACGUAGAGGGAGCGAGGAAGGUGUCCGAGGGUGUCAAUGAGGUUGUAGAGUCCAUCUUGAAUAGAGCAGUAGAUGGCAAAGGUGGUGGUAUCAUUGUGAGUCAGCGAAUGAGCAUCCGAGGGCGCCGCCUCGAAUAGCCGAGCUCACCUUUACUUCCCGCGGCCGAAAAGGACCACAUUGACGUCUCCAGCGUAGAUAUUGGGGCUUCGUUCCCCAAGCUGUCAGACGUGCGAGUUAGACCCUCGGAUGAGGUGGGAAGUCUCGUGAGUAGGGCGCACGAGGCCGUCUGCCUGCUCUGCGCUGACAUGAAAUCAUCUGCUGUCGUGCAACAGCGCAUUGAAGCGGAGCUGGACUACGCGGAUGCGCUGGAGCUUUGCAUCUCCACCAAUCUCGUCAUCAACUUUCCUCGCCCGAGGUUUGCGGUAUUGCCGAUCGAGCUUGGGGUUCUCAUCGAAAGGUUCAGCGGGACAGUGAGUCUGUUCGAUCUCAUCCCCCAUCGUGGCCCAUCUGGCUUAAUACCGACGCGUGCUUGCACAGGUUUCACUCGAGCUGGUUUCGGAGCACGAGAUUCCACCCAAUUCUCGCUCGCGCCACGUUCUCAAGCUUUCUAUUCACCCCGACUUUGCGUUGAGUGCGCGCGCCCGAUCUCAGCUUGGCUCACGAGCGAAGCUAGUCGAUGUUCCCAAGCUAGAACAGUUGAUCGUGGAGCGUAUCAGAGCAGGCAUAGCGAGCAAAGUCGUCUGGCCCAGAUUCAUCGCCGUCUCUUUGCCCGAUCUUGUGGGUUCCGCACUAGCCAAGAGGGAAAAGGCAGAAGAAAAGAGCGCGAAGUUGAGCCGAGCAAAGGAAACGUACGAGCAAUUUCUAGCUAGGCAAGCCCACGAUCGAGCUGCCGGAGCGCUACAAAAAGGCGGAAGUGGACAAAUUUGGUUCGAGGAGGCGGGGCAGGAUCAUUUGGUUGGAGACCAAUCCUAUGCGUCUUUCGCAAGGACAGUCAUGAAUGGCGCUCGGGCAGGCAGGGAAGUCCAGACAGCUCAAGAGGUGGACCCUUCCCCUUCUCCGCCCGGCGGACUAGCAGGCGUAGAAGCGUGGAGACAAGGAGCUCUCAACGCGACUGGAGCACCUGCUCCUGGAGCUACGUCAAGCCAGAUCAGAUCAGGCAUGAUGAGUGCAGAGGCGAGCACGUCCACACCGCGCGCGCCCGCGACCAGAGACGCGAGGAGGGAAGAAUCAGUCAGAUCCUAUGGAAGGACGAGCGCGGUCAAUCAGGCGGCGCAACCUGCUUUCGAGUCUGAGGCCGUCAGACAGAGGGUCAGGUAG